AUGCCCCCUCCUAUCAAGUUAUUCUCCUCCGUUCCAUCCUCUUCCAAACCCAAGAAACUUCCCGUCGAACCUCUCCCUUCAUCUUUCUCGGAGAAACAAGCUAAGAAAGCUGUCGAUGCCUUAUUGAAGCACCACGAGAAGGUCUCAGCGGAGAAGGAGGAAGAAGAGUUAUUACCCAAGGAGGAUCACAUUUGGUUGGUGAUUAACACUAAGAGGGGAAGUACGAGGAAAGGUUUAAUGCCUGUCAGGAUUCAACUACCCCACCCACCUCUUCCUCCUCCACCAACAACCUCAAUCUGUCUCCUAUCCAAAUCCCCUCAGAGGGAAUACAAAGAUCUCCUAGCUGCCAAAAACAUAAAGUUCAUCUCGAGGGUGGUUGGUGUCGAAAAGUUGAAAGGGAAGUUCAAACCUUUCGAACCUCGAAGAGAACUUAUGAGGGAUCAUGAGGUUUUCUUAUGUGAUGAGAGGGUGUUGCCGCUCAUGCCGGGACUGUUGGGUAAGAUGUUCUUCGAAGCUAAGAAACAACCCAUACCUAUCAACCUCAAUCGAAAAGACCUCAAAGCAGAAUUAGGUCGAGCAAUCGCUUCUACCUAUUUCCAUCCUUCUACAGGUACUUCCUACUCUAUAAGAAUAGCCACCCCCUCAUCUUCUUCCUCCUCCCAAGUGCUUGAAAACCUCCUCGCCUCAAUCCCAUCAGUAAUUUCUAAUAUCCCAGAAGGUUGGGAAAACGUCUUAUCGGUAGGUAUCAAAACUUCCACUUCGGUCAUGUUACCUAUUUGGAAUUCGAAAUUACAAGGUAGAUUUGAUGGAUCGAGCUCGAGCGCAGGAAAAUCGAAUAAGGAUGUAGAGAUGGCCAAUGAAGAGGAAGAGGAGGAAGAAAAGAAAGAGCCAACCACGACUACGACUACGAAAAAGAAGGUAUCGAACGCUGUUGCACCGGAGAAAAAGAAGAAAUCUUCCACUAUCGGUUCAGCCAACGUAGCUAAGAAAGCUAAGAAUGAAGUGAUUGGUACACCCAAGAUCAAAUCGAAAACCAAGACGACCAAGAAAUAG